CUCUCUUCUCGACUGCACUGUCUCUCUUUUCCCUCUUUCUUUUUCUCUCUCUGAAAAUGGCGGAACUCAUUGUUGAUCAUGUUCACUAUGUACUCUCACUCCGAUCUGUAUCUCUUUGACUAAAUUGCAACCCAAAAAUCCAAACUUUAACUUAAACCCAGAUUUUUUUUUUUGGUUUCUGCAAAAUUUUUGAGACAUGGGUUUGUGAUUUUCAGCACAAAAGACAAAGUCUUUGAAGCUUUUGCAACAUACCCAUUUGAUUUUUAACUAUCUUGAGCUGAUUCCCAGCUCAAAGUUUCAAACUUUAAGCAGUUUCAGUGUCUGUUUGAUUUUUUUUUUUUUUUUUGGUUCUCAUAUGUGAUGGUCACUGAUACUUAUUCAAAGAUGGCACCCGAUGUUUCGGUGCGAUCGGUGCUUAAUAACAGUGAAUACAGCGAAGAUUUGGGGUUGUUGAUUAGGGAGCAAAGGCGGCAACAAGAGGAGCUGAGUGAUAGAGAGAAGGAGCUCAGUAUGUAUCGAAGUGGGUCGGCUCCACCGACUGUGGAGGGCUCUUUAAGUGCGGUGGGGGGCUUAUUCGAUGCCUCGGCGGUGAUGGGCUUAAAGAAGAAUGGUGGGAAAGGGGUUUUGAGUGAGGAUGAGCUUCGUGCUGACCCGGCAUACGUGAAUUAUUACUAUGCGAAUGUGAAUCUGAACCCAAGGCUGCCUCCUCCGCUUCUUUCCAAGGAGGAAAGGCGGUUUGCGCAGCGGUUGAGUGGCGGCGGCGGCGUGGCCGGUUCGGGGGUGGGAGGGAUUGGUGAUAGGAGAAAAGUCAGUAGAGUAGGUGGUGAAGAAGGUGGUAAUGGGAAUGAGAAUCGGUCGCUUUUUUCAGUGCAGCCGGGGUUUGGAGGUGAGGAGAAUGGGAAGGGUGCUGCAGCUGAGUGGGGUGGAGAUGGGUUGAUUGGCUUGCCGGGGUUGGGGCUAGGGACUAGGCAGAAGAGUAUUGCAGAGAUCAUUCAGGAGGAUAUACAUGCAUCUGUUUCUAGGCACCCAUCUCGCCCAUCUAGCCGAAAUGCAUUCGAUAAUGGUGUUGAAACUUCAGAGUCUCAGUUUGUUCAUCUGCAACAUGAAUUGGCAUCUAUGGAGGCUUUGCGUUCUGGUGGACAUAAGCAGAGCAUGUCUGCCACCCAAAAUAUUGGUUCUUCGGCUUCUCAUACUUAUGCUUCUGCUCUAGGUGCCUCCCUGUCAAGAAGCACCACACCUGACCCUCAACUUGUGGCUAGGGCACCUAGUCCUCGAAUUCCACCUGUUGGGAGGGCUAGCUCUAUGGAUAAAAGAACUAUCAGUGGAUCAAACUCAUUCAAUGGUGUCUCACCUAGUUUGAAUGACUCUACUGAUCUGGUCGCUGCUUUGUCUGGCAUGAAUCUGUCAACAAAUGGUUUGGAAGAAAAAGAGAACCAUUCAAGGUCACAAAUGCAACAUGAAAUUGAUGAUCACCAUGACCUAUUCAAUUUGCAGGGUGAUCUGAAUCAUAUCAAACAACAUUCAUACUUAAACAAGUCUGAAUCAGGGCAUUUUCAUCUGCAUCCUGGCCCCCAAUCAACCAAAGGAUACCCAAUGAUUGGAAAUAGCAGUGGGGCUAGGAUGGAUCUAAACAACUCUUUCUUAAAAUCUGAUGAGAAAGUAGAACUUCAAAAGAAUGCUGUUUCAUCUGCUAACUCUUACCUGAAAGGACCAUCUCCACUAACUCUUAAUGGCCGAGGAAGUUCACCUUCUCACUAUCAGAAUUUGGAUGGUAUGAAUACCUCCUUUCAAAACUAUGGCUUGAGUGGCUAUGCCAUUAAUCCCUCAUCGCCAUCCAUGAUGGGUAGCCAGCUUGGCAGUGGUAGUCUGCCGCCAUUAUUUGAAAAUGCUGCUGCUGCAUCUGCAUUGGGAGUUAGUGGGAUGGACUCCAGAGUAUUGGGAGGAGGUUUCUCUUUAGGACCAAAUAUGUUGGCAGCAGGAGCUGAUUUGCAGAAUCUUAGCAGAGUUAGAAAUCACACCGCAGGGAUUGCUCUUCAGGUGCCGCUGAUGGAUCCAUUAUAUCCUCAGUACUUGAGAUCGAAUGAGUAUGCUGCUGCACAGGCUGCUGCCCUUAACGAUGUGGCACUAGAUAGGGAUAUGGGUAAUUCUUACUUUGAUUUAAUUGAAAUCCAGAAAGCUUAUCUGGGGGCAUUGCUUUCACCUCAAAAGUCACAGUUUGGUGUUCCCUACCUUGGUAAAUCUCCUAGCUUGAAUCAUGGUUAUUAUGGAAAUCCAGCAUUAGGGCUUGGCAUGUCAUAUCCUGGAAGCCCAUUGGCUGGUGCUCUUCUGCCUAACUCCCCUGUUGGACCAGGUAGUCCUGUCAGGCACGGUGAGCGAAACAUGCGUUUUCCUGGGAUGAGAAAUAUAGCUGGGGGUGUCAUGGGAGCUUGGCAUUCGGAAGCUGGUGGAAACUUGGAUGAAACUUUUGCAUCCACUUUACUAGAUGAGUUUAAGAGCAAUAAAACUAAAUGUUUUGAGCUUUCAGAAAUAGCAGGCCAUGUUGUCGAGUUCAGUGCCGAUCAGUAUGGGAGUCGAUUUAUUCAACAGAAACUUGAGACUGCCACAUCAGAGGAGAAAAACAUGGUUUUCGAUGAAAUUAUGCCCCAAGCUCUUUCCCUAAUGACUGAUGUAUUUGGUAAUUAUGUUAUUCAGAAGUUUUUUGAGCAUGGAACUCCCUCCCAAAUAAGAGAACUGGCUGACCAGCUCACUGGUCACGUGCUGAACCUUAGUCUUCAAAUGUAUGGCUGUCGAGUUAUCCAGAAGGCUAUUGAAGUUGUUGAUCUGGACCAGCAGACUAAAAUGGUCAAGGAACUGGAUGGCCAUGUUAUGCGUUGUGUACGCGAUCAGAAUGGGAACCAUGUCAUCCAGAAGUGCAUUGAAUGUGUACCUGAAGAUGCAAUCCAUUUUAUUGUUUCAACAUUUUAUGAUCAAGUGGUGACGCUGUCUACCCAUCCAUAUGGUUGUCGUGUCAUACAGAGAAUCCUGGAGCACUGCCAUGACCCUAAAACACAGCAAAUAAUGAUGGAUGAGAUUUUGCUGUCUGUUUGCAUGUUGGCACAAGACCAAUAUGGGAAUUAUGUUGUUCAGCAUGUGCUGGAGCACGGAAAGCCACAUGAACGUUCAUCCAUAAUUACUAAAUUAACCGGUCAGAUAGUUCAAAUGAGCCAGCAGAAGUUUGCCUCCAAUGUUAUAGAGAAGUGCUUGAGUUUUGGAACUGCUGCUGAACGCCAGGCCCUGGUUACCGAGAUGCUUGGUGCCACUGAUGAAAAUGAGCCCCUUCAGGUGAUGAUGAAAGAUCAGUUUGCGAACUAUGUUGUACAGAAGGUGUUGGAAACUUGUGAUGACCAGCAACUUGAACUUAUACUUAAUCGAAUAAAGGUCCAUCUGAAUGCUCUGAAGAAGUAUACAUAUGGGAAGCAUAUAGUAGCACGUGUAGAGAAACUUGUGGCAGCUGGAGAAAGAAGGAUUAGCAUUAUGAAUCCACAUCCUACUGCAACGGCAUAGGAAAUGAAGUUCUUGUACAGCUAACUGAGGAUAGUAUGAGCACCCUCUUUCUUCUUUUUCUCAUGUCUAGUAUUGGCUCGAUCUAUCUAUUCUGGUAGAUAGCAGCCCACUGAAAAUAAAAUUGCUGCUUGUACUUAAAACUGUACAUUGUUAGUUUGAGGAUAUACCUAGAAUCAGGCUAGCUGAGGCACAGAUGGUGAACAGACCUGAUGCCCCUGGAGGAGAUAAAAAUUAGUGUACGAGUUUUAAGGGUGUAAAAAGGGAGGAGGUAGUGAAUCUGUAACGGUGACUGUACAAAAUGUUACCAGGCGGAGAGAGCCGUUGUGUUUAGGAGAGUCCAGAAAUUUUCUUAUGUAUGGAUUUAUUUAUUUUCUUUUAUUUAAAGAACUUUUUCAAUCCA